AUGCAAUAGAAUCCUUUAUAGUUGUUUUUAAGUAUUUUGGCAGCUAGAGAAGAAGUGAUAUUUAUGAUAAGAGUAAUUGGCCAUUAGAUGCAUGAGGAUAAUCGAACUAAAAUAGGAAUAUUGAGGGAAUUGUCAGAUGAGAUCUAUAGAGGAGAAUAGAAAAGAGAAAACUUUGAAAAUCAUCUGUAUAAACAUUUAGGGGAAGGUUUUCGCAAACUAUUCCUCCCAAAAAUUAUAUAAAAAUACAUAAAGAUAACUCAAUAUUAUUUAGUGAAGACAUAAGUACUCUAUAUAUUUUUAUAUGUUAGAUAUAUUUUCCUAAAUAGGGGUAAUAAUUAUGUUAGGAUAUUGUUAAUUAACCAAAUCUCAGAACGACAAUUCAAUAAAUUAUUCAUGAACCUUUAGUGGGAAUUUUGAAAUUUAUAAUCAAUUUUCAGCGAUAAAAAUUAAAACAAGAGCUCUCGCAUUUGCUAAAUUAUGAAUAGUAUUAACCAAUAUAAAAUCAAGAGAAGACCGAUGCAAUAGAAAUGAGAAAUUUUACAGUGAGCCAUUGAUCCUUGGAGUCCAUGGACUAAGAUAUUUAAAUGAUCUUCAUAAUAAAUAUUGCUAUACCGUCAGUAGACAUAGUAAUAGAAAUGUAUAUGAUGUGCUAUCUAUCGAUGAUAACACAAAAAUUUUGUAUUUACAGGGAGGAGGUAUCCAUAUAUUUUAAAAACUAAUAGGAUUUAUUAGCUUAAUAAGCAGCAUAACAAGGUUAAAAGAUAAAUCAGCUGAUAAUACAUAAUCAGUAUACAUUCCAGUUGAAAGUACAGUCGAAAUUAUCACUUAAAGAUAUGAAAAGAUGAUUAAAGAACUGAUGGAUUAAAAUUCCCAUGUAUAAAAGUCAGUAAAUCGAUAUUAUGAACAACACAAAAGAUAUAGAAUUAAGCCUUUGCCAAUCAAAGGUUACUUUACGCCAAAGACAAAGGUGUAAGAGAUCAAAUCUUAGCGCAAUAAUUAAAAAAGAACUAUUGAAUCUGGUCCUAUAUUAAGCGAUAUGGGUCGAUAUUCUGAACCAUUAAGUAAAUAUUCCCUUUUAUUAGAUUCUAUAAGCUCACUUAGAUUAAAAUAAUAAAAAUAUAGAACCUAAAAAUAAAGUGAUAUUAUCUUGAGCGGUUUUAUUUCUCCCAAAUAUAAUGCUAUAAGAAAAAAUAAAAGCGUUAAAAACUAUGAGACUGCUUUAUUAAAAUCAUCGGCUUUCCAGCUCUUUUCUGACUUUCCUCUCAGAAUCAACACAAGUAAGAAAAGGAAAUAAAAUUGA